AUGACGAAGUUUCCGAUAUUGUUACCCAUAAAACACCACAUCAUACGGUUGAUUGUCAGAGAUGCGCACAUCACACAUCUGCACUCGGGUGUGAACGCAACUGUCGCACAUAUACGACAGAAGUAUUGGAUUCCACCGAUAAGACAGUUUGUGCAGGCAGUCGUCCGGAAGUGCGUCACUUGCCGCAGAGUCGUUGGACGAGCCUUCAGAGUCCCCGAGCCGCCGCCAUUACCGAAGAUGAGUGUUGAAGACACGCCGCCCUUUACAGUAACGGGGGUAGAUUUCACGGGCGCUCUAUACGUAAAGCAGACAAACGGAAAUCUUAACGACCCCGCGCCCAUCACGCCAUCACAGCUGUUAUUCGGUCGCCGAGUUACAACGCUACCUUACGAUGACGUCACAGUCGAUACCGGGAGUACUGUCGCUGCAGCCGACCAUGCUGAAUUUAACCGCAUGGCAAGGCGACGUGAGAUGCUCAUACAACAGUUCUACAGACGCUGGAAUACUGAAUACUUGACGUCACUACGCGAGCACCACCGGAUGUCUGGUUCCAACACGCAGACGAUCAAAAUCGGAGACGUGGUGCAAAUCGAUGAUGAUGGCCCUAGAUGUCGAUGGAAACUUGCCGUGGUCGUCGAUGUCAUUACCGGAAGGGGCGGGCAUGUUCGCGCGGCGAAAGUGCGAACCAGUAACGGGCUGUAUACCAUGAGGCCAAUAGCGAAACUUUAUCCACUGGAAGUGAUAAGUGCUAAUGGAAACUGA